AUGACUGUAGUGAGGGUCUCCGGGGAGGACGACGACCUGGCCUCCGGGGAAGAUGACGACGACCUGGCCUCCGGGGAAGAUGACGAGGACAACGACGUAGCCUCCGUGGAAGAGGAGGACCUGCCCUCCGGGGAAGACAAAAAGGACGUUGACCUGGCCUCUGGGGAAGACAGAAAGGACGACGACCUGGCCUCCGGGGUAGACAAAAAGGAUGACGACCUGGCCUCCGGGGAAAACAAAAAGGACGACGACCUGGCCUCAAGGGAGGAUGAUGACCUGGCCUCCGGGGAAGAUGACGAGGAUGAUGACCUGCCCUCCGGGGAAGAUGACGAGGAUGAUGACCUGGCCUCCGGGGAAGACGACGUGGACGAAGACGACUCUGGGGAAGAUGACGACGAGGAUGAGGACUUGGCCUCCGGGGAAGACAAAUAG